CUGGUCUACGGAGGAGUUUCCGGUUGAGCCGUAAGGACCGACGGGGGUCUUCAGGAGAGGGUUCAGAGAGCGGGGACCAGGAGUUCCUGACGUACGAGGAGGUGACCCGCUUCCAGCAGAGACCCAACGAGCGGCCGCGCCUGGUGGUCCUCAUCGGGUCACUUGGAGCUCGGAUCAAUGAACUGAAGCAGAGGGUGAUCGCUGAAAAUCCACAUCGUUACGCUGUAGCUGUUCCACAUACCACCCGGCCCAAAAAGACUCAGGAGAAAGACGGAGUUGAGUAUCAUUUCGUCACAAAACAACAGUUUGAUGCAGACGUUCUAAACAACAAGUUUAUAGAACACGGGGAGUACAAGGAGAACCAAUAUGGCACCAGUAUCGAGGCGAUCCGCUCAGUGCAGGCCAGGAACAAGAUGUGUAUAGUUGACGUGCAGCCCGAGGCCCUGAAGAGGCUCCGAACAGCAGAGUUCAAGCCGUACGUCGUCUUUGUCAAACCUCGCAUCCCUGAGAGCCGCCGCCGCCGCAGCGCAGCCACCUCACCUGGAGGAGGAGGAGGAGGAGAGCACGGCCGCGUGACGGAUGAAGAUCUCCAGGAAAUGCGUCAGUCUGCAGUUCAGAUCGAUCAGCUGUACGGACACCUGGUGGACCGGGUCCUGAUCAAAGAGGACUCUGCCAGCGCCUGCACAGAACUGAAAGGGAUUUUAGAAAGGCUGGAGCGAGAGUCCUUCUGGGUCCCCAUCAGCUGGGUGCGAACCUGAACCRGAGUCCUCUUCAGAGGAACUUACCUAAAUCUUGCACUGGUCUUCUGGUGACUCGAUACCUCUGCACCUCGAGUCGGCUGGACUACAGAAAAUGAAAGGAUUACCUCAAUUUGUUACAUGUUUGCUUUCCCAUUUGUUUCCUAGAAACUUCAUUUAGCUGAAUAGUGAAGGUGUUAGUUACAGUGUCCACUUAUUUAACUUUAUUAAUACAGGAAGGAAAAGACAAUUCUGAUUUUAAAAUCCACACUUAGUCCACAUGAAGUUAGAUGAUCUUUUCCAUUAAGGCUCAGAUGCACAAAUAGAUCUUUAGAAAUUAAAAAAGUCAAGCGUUUACAGUUCUUAUAUUUAAAGUAACGGUGCAGCCUGAAACAGAAGUUUACUAUAAAAUAUUAGAUGAAGAGUUUUGUACUUGCAUGUGCCAACACAACUUAAACAGGCAGAUUCUGGACUUUUUUCCCCCUCUAAGGAGCUCUGUCCAGGUCUUAAUAAAAUCACACAACACUUUGUUUCAGACAGGAAAUAAAAUCUCUGAAUAUAACAAGUGAGGGGUCCUGUCUGGAUGUAGCCUCAACACUAGAGCCCCCUCUGCUGGGUUAAAACUCAUAUUUAAUUUUCUGUCUGAACUAAAAAGGUGUCCACAGACUUUUGACUCACUUCAGCCAGCCUUGGUUUUUAAAAACUUAACUUAUUUUCUAAAUAAUUUAAAGUUAAUCAUUUAACAUUCUGUAACCAGAAUGUUUUAUUCCCUCAGAUUAGCUCAUGUUAUUUUUUGUAGCAUGACUUUGACCCACCGGUCCCCCUCAUCCUGUACAGAAGAAACAUUUAGUCAAGUUUCCACGUGGAAUGUGAUCAUUUUCUACGAGUUUCAAGGAGAAUGCAUGACGGCCUAAUCUCACAUGUAAAUAUUUGUAAAUGUUACUCCUCGCGUGCCAACGAAAAGAUAUCGUAGCACCUCAAUGCAACCUGUUCUGUCAAUCUUCGGGUGGAAGUCGGUGUUUUCACAUUAACUUUUGCAUACAAGAAUGGAUUUUUGUACAGUUUCUUGCACAUAUCUGUAUUUUUGGCUGAAGUAGAAACUAAAAGUUUUUACGUAGGGGAAUUAGAGGAACGAUUGUAGCAACCAUGAGUUUCACGUUAAUUUUUUUAGCAUGUGAUUAUAUAUUAAAACUUGAACAUUAAAUCAGGUAGUAGAGACACAUCUGAGGUCACUCUGUUGAAUGUGAGCGUCUGUUUUCACGUCUGACACAAGAAAUGUUCGUUCUGGUUGUUCGAAAUGCUUUGUAACCUGACAUGUACAAAGUGCCAUAAAUAAAAAAACCAACACAGA